GUACCGCUCUGAUCCAGGAGAAUUUGCGCCUUCCACCGCAUGACAAGUAGAUGAGGAGUAGCCCAGCAGGGGCUGUAGAAACUCAUCCUGCGCUGGCGGAUCGUCGACAGCCUUGCCGCCAUUCGUAAUCGUGAUGAAGCAGGCUCACCAGUGCCAGUCUGACAGCAGAAGGAGGACUGGAGUGCAGCGCCAGCAUCUCGCACUCUCACUAGCAGCAAGCCUCCUUCUGUUUUCGGGGCUCACAGCAGCGCAGUCUCCAUCGCCCAGGAGUCCAGGCCAGUAUGUAGUGGGAGACUCAGGAUGGGGCACUGGGCUGUGGAACACGCCCACCCCCACACCAGCGUCAGGCACCCUAGGAAACAGCGGCACAAACUCAGCUUCACCAUCCAGCAGCGCUGGAACACUCUCAAACUCAGCCCUGUUUGGGUCAGCUGCGCCCCCACAGGCUCCAUCCUCACCUGCGCAAACGCCUGCAGCCACGCCAGCUGCAACCCCAGCUGCAACCCCAGCUGCAACUCCUGCAGCAACUCCUGCAGCAACUCCUGCAGCAACUCCUGCAGCAACCCCCGCUGCAACUGUGGCUGCCACCCCUGCCCCCACACCGGCAGCAACUGCAGCAGCAACACCGGUUGCAACUCCGGUUGCAACACCCGCUGCAACAGCUGCGGCCACGCCUGAGGCCACGCCUGCGGCGACCCCUGCUGCCACUCCUGCUGUGACGCCUGCAGCAACUCCCGCCGCAGCUCCAGCACCCCAGGAGACCAGCCAGCAGGGCAGCAAGCCAGUGAGCUCCUACUCUGUGACGCCCUCCCCAGCGCCAGCCCCUGAGAUUGUGCCGCUGAUCACAUCGAGCGCCACGCGCACGCUCGCAUCUUCUCCCUCGUCGGGAGCCAGCGCGCCGGUUCAAGCCCCGGCACCCGCACCUUUUGCGGGCGCGCCCGGCCCGGCCGAGACGGUUGCCGGCGGCGCGGUCGCCCCCGCCUCGGGCGACGGCUUCUAUUCCAGCGGCUCCUCCGGCUCCGGCAACAACGGCGGCAGCAGCACCGCCAGCGGCAGCGGCUCAUCCUCAUCUGGGUCUUCCUCUAGCAACUCUCAGACAGUGGACUCGUCGCUGACGGCGGUUGACGCCACGAUGUACCUGACCGGCAAGGACCUGUGGCCCUUCACGGACGCGAAGAAGCAGAUCCUUGUCAAUGCGCUGUACGAUGACAUCCAGGUCAAGCCCAUCGACAUCCGCGUGACCAAGGCCUCCCUGGAGAACAACUCCCGCCGCCGUAGCCGCCAGCUGCUGCAGGACGCGAACAACACGGCGGCGCAGACGGUGCUGACCAAUGUGCAGCUGGACCCCGGCUCUGCGGAGUACCUGCAGCCGGUCAUCAGCAACGUCACCAACAUCACAAUGCUCACCAGCACCCUUGCGGAGUCGUGCCAGUCCAUGGGCCUGGACGUGCAGAGUGUGGUGCUCCUGGCCACGGUGCCAAUCGUGCCAGUGCCAAUCUCACUCAACUACACUGUUGGCUAUAUCGUGGGCCCCGUGCUGGCUGUGCUGGCGAUCUUCGCCUUCUUCGGCACGCUGUUCUUCCUGCACCUGGAGAAGGAGGGCGACCUGCGCGCCAGCAGGGGAGAGAAGCCCAAGGCCAGCCUGGCGUUCUUCACCGGCCAGUUCUGGCGCAACGCCUUCUCCCCCGCGGCCCGCAAGCAGCGCGCCGAGGCGCGCACGGCUAAACGGGCCGAUGCCCGCGUUGCCAAGGAGGCCGAGCGGGCAGCCAAGGAGGCCGAGAAGAAAAAGAAGGCGGCUGCGGCGGCUGCGGCCCGGCCGGCAGCCCCGGCCGCCGCGGAAUCGGAGCCAGUGUCGCCGUUGGAGGCGCGCCGAGCAAAGCUUCCCAAGCUGAGCCUGCCGCAGACGGGCCGGCGUCCGAGCGAGGGGCAGACCCCCAAAGACACAGCGCGCACCACCCCCGUCCGGACCCCCCGCUCCCCGGGGGUCCUCUAUGUCGACAACAUAUAGGCGGCUUUUUAAGCUGUCGCCAGACAAGCUGUGUAUUGACGUUCGUCAAACGGAAAUAUUUGAUGGUUCCAGAUCUGGCCUUUAAGACAACUGAACUUACGUGGUCAGGCUUGAAUGAUUGAUCAAAACUUUCUCAGGCGCUCACUGCAAUUGCCGUGGUAUUGUCAUGAGUGAACCAUGCACAUGAGCGGUGGGCCAUAAAGUAUCAUGCUGUAAUGCAUUUCCGGCACUGAAGGCGUCAAGAAGGGUGCCAUGUUUGUUGCAAAUUGUGCACAUACCAGGUGUGCUUCUACUUAGGCAGGCUAUUUUAUUGUGCGCAGAAAAUUGUCCCUGUUUGACGUUUCACUAAAGUGUGAUUAUGUUGGAGUGGUGCAAGAUAUGUAUAUGCGUGGUAGGAAACAUGCAUAUCCAAGUAUAUACCUUGAACGUGAGUGUGUAACAAUCGUGAAUAAAAUUU